AUUGUCGUUGCCCGUCCUUGUACUGCGCUCGCUCUCUUCACCUCCUCCUGUUCUUCUAUAUCUCCUCCGCUUUCGGGCCGGUACCCUGCCAUGCCGCAUAGUUACACCAAGGUAUCCGUGAACAACCAGGAUGAGGCACAUCAUCAUCUUGGGUCCAGCUCUUCUGCGACUACACACACCAGCCAUAACAGUGCAAGUGUGGACGAUACAACAGCUCUAACAUCCACAUGGACAGAGGUCAACGACACAGACGGAGGAGAUCCGUCACUGACAUUAACACUGCAGGAGCAACAACGGCGUCAGCAGCACCGCAUCUCGGAUAUACCAUCUAACGAUACCGACUCAUCUAGAAGCAAACAAUGGAGUCUUGGACGAAUACGGGAUGGACUCUUGUCUUUUUCAUCCCCGUUUACGUCUUCUACUACGGCUUCUUCCUCAUCUUACACCUUGGUCAGAGGAGGGGAAGUAGCACCAACGUCCUCAUCUGUAGCGGCAUCUUCAGCGCCGUCAGCUUCUUCAUCGUCAACAUCAGCCAGAAGGCUCGCUCGUCCUGCUACAUCGGACGGCGUGUUUGCCAACAUCCCUGCCAAACCCGAAGUUGAGGCGCAAAAGGACGAUGAACAACGACCACCAACCUAUGACUCUGCAGUCCAGGAUGUGACUCCACCGUACUUCGAGAUGACAAUGGUCUCUUCAGGUGGGAACGGAGACGACAUCCUUGUCGAAGGCAUUCCCGUUGGAAACUUUUUCCAGUUCCUAUGGAAUGUAGCUGUGGCGGUCAGCUUUCAAUUCUUAGGGGUCUUGUUGACCUACCUUCUGCACAACUCGCAUGCCUCCAAGGCUGGAUCGAUGGUCGGUUUGGGGAUCACACUACUCAACUUUGGUAUUCGCAUGAGAGGUGGAUUCGACAACAUGCUUGGCAGCGAAGAUGUGAUGGGCUCCAAUACUGGACCUGCGGGCGAAAUUACCCAGAUCGACAAACACCCCUUCGUGGACGACACUGGCUAUGUCAUUAGUGAUGGUGGCGAUAGCGGCUAUUCGUACGGCUCCAGUGCAGAUUCUGCUCAGAUGGACUGGCUCGAUGCAGAUAUGGAGAGUCAUUGGGUGUCCCUGGUCCUGAUGGUCGCUGGAUGGAUGAUCAUUGUCAAAGCCCUUGCGGAAUAUGUGACUGUCAAACGAACAGAAAGGCUCAUCAACGCUCGACCCAUGGAGGAACGUGAGGCUUCAAGGUCCUCGAUCGAGUACGAUGUAUAGAAGUGCAUAAAUGCCAACAAAAAAAAAGAUAAAAAUAAAAAGGGCCCAUUUCUUUGCAUUUUGAUAUACGGGCCACAAACAUCCUGUUUCUUAACUGGUCUCGCGUUGAAUACAUUAAUACAUUCAAAUAAAGACUGAACUUUCUUUCGUUUCAUUUCGUCGUUCGCCUGCUAUCGCUACUUCAGCCGACUACUCUCCUGCAUUGCGCUCCAAACUUAUAUUGAUACAAAAGACCUAAGCCUGGGUACAAUCGCGAGACUA